AUGAAGACGAUCGAAACGUCCUCCACGUCCUCCGCCUCCUCUUUUUUCUCAACGGCAGCAAAGAAGAAGAAGACAAUGAAGAUGAGUUUAGGUCUGAAAAGAAGAACACCGUCAUCAUCACUCCUUGGUCGACUGGUCGUUCGCGCGGCGGCGACGGAUGCUACCGAUGAGAAUGAAUCUUCUUCCUCUUCUUCCUCUUCGUCUUCGUCCGUGGUAAAACAACAACAGAGCAACGAAAACGUCGAGUUUGAUUUUUCCGCAAUUGGAGGAGGUGAAAAAGAAGCAAAAAAUAUUAAGAAAGAAGAAGAAGAAGAACAACGACGUAGUCUCGUCGACCCGCUGUCGCCGGAGUUUACGAAAAUCGACGACUCGAUUCAAUCGGUCACCUCGGGUGGGAUUUUGAAGAAAGCGUCGUCGUCGUCGUCCUUGCCGUCGUCUUCUGCGAAUAGUACUACAGUCGUCGUCGAAGAAGAAGAAGAAGAAGAAGAAGAGAAAGAAGAAGAGAAAGAAGAGAAAGACGUGGCUUCUCCUUCUUCUUCUUCGCCUUCCACCUCGUCCUCGCUGCAACAGCAGGACAAGAAAAACGCGCUCCUUGGCGCGGCAUCGAUUGGAGCCUUAGCGGCUGGGUUUGGGGCCUCGGCUUUAUCGAGCGCCAUCGAAGGAUUCGCUCCAAUGGCGGCGUUUGAACAACUCGUCGGUUUAGGCGCGACGUUGAAGUAUGGACCGGAAGUUCUCAAGCCUUUGCUGAGCGAACGCGGGAGGCAAGAGGCGAAAAUUUCCGCCGCGGAGAAGAUUGAAGAGGUUUUGAAGGACGAAUCGAUUUUUAACUUUAUGAAAUCCACUGGAAACAAAGACUUGGACGAACGCUUGAAGAAAGCCAUGAGUGGUGGGGAUUUGGAUUGGGAGAGUCAAGACGCGAAGGUGUUGAGAGCCAUCGUGACGGAUUUCGUCUCGGAUACCGAUUUUCAGUUGAUGUCGCAAGGAGAACGAUUAAAAGCGUUGCAAACGUUGCCAGAAAAAUUGGAAAAGGCGCAAGAUUUGGUGUAUAAAGCGCAAAAAGAAGCAGCGGAGUUUGAAUCGCAAGUGAAGAGCGCCAAGUUGGAAGCGCGCAUGGCGCUCGAUAAACGCACGAAGGAGAUUCAAGAUUUACAACGCUCGAGCGAGCAAACGGUCUCGGCGUUGACGAAUCAAAUCUCGUUGUUGUCCGGACAGAACUUGAAUAACCGCGAGGCGAUUGAAAACUUAAAACAAGAGCUUUUGGACGCGAAGAAAGAGUUGGAGAAAUUUGAAAACAUGGAACGCGACCAAACACAAGAUUUUCUCAACGCCGAGGCGCAAAACACCAAAGUCAUCGACGAAAUCAGAAACCAGGCGAAAUUAGCCGAACGAGCGUUGUUGGAACAAAUGGAGUUCGUGAGAAACGAGACGAAGAACGAAAUUGAGACGUUUAAAGCGGACAUGGAAGUGCAAGAGCAAAAAAUGAGAGCGGAUAUGGCCGAGGAACUCGAAAAGAAGAAACAAACGCUCGAAGUGCAAAUGAGCAUUCCGUUGGAGAAAGCGAACGCAAGAAUCGUCGAUUUGGAGCAAAAGUAUCACGACAUUUCCGUGAAGUUGAUUCAAAGAAAACACGAGUUGGCAAUCGCGAACGAACUGUUGAAAUCGGUCCAAAACGAGUUGUUUACGCGAGAACAAGCGCACGACGAGGAAAUCCAAUCUAUACAAGAAGAACUCACGAAGGCGAAGAACGAGAUUUCUUUAUUGGAAGCGUCCAUCAUCGAAGCCACGGAGAAUGAGGGCAUGCGCGUCGCGAAUAUUGAGAGACAACUCGCGAAUGAAAAGUUUGCGCACGAAAGCGCAAAGCUAGCCUCGUACGAGGCCGAGACGGCGUUGAAAGAAGCCGAACUCGCUUUCGAUGCCGAGAAGAAGCAACUUCUCGUAAACUUGGCACAACAGUUGGAGAACGAAAAGAAAGACUACGAGAAGGACGCCGAAAUGGCCGUCAAAGAGAUUGAAAUGAUUGAACUCGAAGUCGAAGAGUCGAAGAAGACGAAAAUCUCCUUGGAGCAAGAGUUGACGAAGAUGCACCAACACUACGAGGAGACGACGUUGCGCGCAAACGAGAGAAACCGUUCGUUACAAAGCGAGUUAGAAAACAUGAAGAAUAGAGUUCAAGCGUCUGCGGCAAAAGCCGAGGAAAUGGAAAAGGCGCAAAUGGAAGCUUUGCAGCAAAUUCAAAUGGAAAGAGCAAACUUUGCCUCGGAGAAAGAGGAGAUGCUCCAAGAGAAAGAGGAGAUGCGCCAAGAGUUUCAAGCCAACUCGAAGCAAUACGAGAGGGAAAUUUCCAACUUGCACGAACGCGUAAAGAAGGAGCAAUCAAACGCGAAAACCUUCCGCGACGCUUUAAUGCACGCCGAAGAGCGUGUUCAAGGGUUCAUGCAGAAAAUUACGACUUUGCAAACGGAGUUGGACUCUAAAACGGACUUGAGCGAAGACUACAAGGCGCGUUUGGACAAGGCGCAAAAUUACGCGAUGAAAGUCAAAAUGGAGGCAGAGAUGAAAGUCAAAGAGCAAAUGAAGAAAGUGUGGGAGUUGGAAAGAACUUUGCAAGAGAAAGAUUCGGCCGUGGAAAGCUUGAAACAAGAGUUACACGAGGCGUCGCAAGCGGCGUUGAAUUUGGUCGAGCCUUCGGAAAUCGAAGAAAUGCAAAGAAACAUGGAAUUGUUGAACGCGCAAAAGAUGGAAAAAGAGGAAGAUGCCUCGAACGCGCGCGCCGAUUUGUUGGCGCAACGAAUGGUGAACUCUUCUUUAGUCGAGCAAAAACAAGAACUUGAGGACAAAAACCGCGCGUUGCGCCAAGACGUAGUGACGAGACAAAGGUACGAAAACUCCGUUCACCUAAAGAACAUCCAAGAGACGGAGCAAAAGUUGAAGGAUACGCAGAGAAACUACGAAAGUAUGAAGCAAACGUUUCAAAAUGCCGCGAAAGAAAACAUCGAAUUGAAGAGAGAGUUGAGUCAAACGGUUCAAAUCGAGAACGCGGCGAAAGAUGAGGUGAGAAGAUUGACUGCGCUCGCGAAUGAGCUCGAAAACAGACUCGCUGAAGCGGAUAACCACGCGUUGCGAACGACCGAGACGUUGGCGAAAGUCAAAGAAGAAGCUCAAAUCGAAGCGAUGAAGAUUGUCUCGGAAACCAAAGAACGCGCGAAACAAGCCGAGUCGUUGUUGAUGAAAGAACGAACUGAAAGCGCCGUGACCUAUUCCGCGCUCGAGUUGCAGUUAGGUUCGUUACAAAUGGAGUUGGACAAAGAGAAGAAGCAAACGUCGGUUUUGUUCAGCGAACUCGAUUUGAAGAAAGAAAAAUUGAGCACCUUCCAGUCUGAAUUCGAAGAAAGAGAAGCGCGAGCCGUGGAAAAGGUUCGAGAAGACUUCCAUUACCAAAUGCGCGCUCUUGAGGAGAAAGUUUUGAUUGCCGAAGCCGCCACUCGCGACGCGGAGAUGCGCGCGGAGGCUUUACAACAACUCGCGGAGAAAGCCGAAGAUGACUCGGCGAGAACGUUUGACGCCGCCGUGAAGGCAGUCACGGAAGCAACGAAUAACAGUGCCGCCGCUGCUGCCGCUACUGCUCCCGCUGCUCCCGCUCCCAUUACUCCAACUUCUACCGUCAUCACCGCGCAAUCAUCGUCGGUAGAUCUCACAACGACGUCGAAUAAAACGCCGCUUUCCAAAAUGAAAAAAGCAGAUCUCGUCGCCGCGUGCGAGGCGAUGAACUUGGACGCCGCCGGAACCGUCCCGGUCUUGCGAGCGCGAUUACGAGCCGCAGACUACUAA